AUGCUGAACCAUCCUUCCAAUCUCAUCUGCCUGGGAUUGCUCAUUCUGCUGCUUAUGUGGAACAAGGCAGCCUGUUCUCCUGGAGAUGGUAGGAGCAUCUGGCAGCAACCUAAGCCAAGCCCCAUCAUCAAAAACCAGACUUUCCUCCAUGACACCUUCCCGUCAGGAUUCCUCUGGGGAUCAGGAACGUCUGCCUUCCAAACAGAAGGAGCCUGGGAUCAGGACGGGAAAGGGGCCUCCAUUUGGGACAGCUUCACCCACUCCUCACUCAGUGGUCAGUUUGUCAGAGAAACAGCAUCUGUGGCGAGUGACAGCUACAACCACUGGGAAGAAGAUGUGGAGGCCCUGGAGCAUCUCGGUGUAAAAUCCUACUCUUUUUCUCUCUCCUGGCCUAGACUUUUCCCUGAUGGCAAUGCCACAGGUAAACCAAACGUAGCGGCCGUGGCGCAUUACAGCUUCCUCCUGCAGAGGCUCCUGGAGAAUAAAAUAGAGCCCGUUGUCACCCUGUACCACUGGGAUCUGCCACAGGCGCUCCAGGAAAAAUAUGGAGGCUGGAAAAACGACACAUUGGUAGAACUUUUUAAGGAAUAUGCUGAGUUUUGUUUCCACACGUUUGGGAGUCAUGUUAAAUACUGGCUAACAAUGCACAACCCAUACCUGGUGGCUGUGCAGGGCUAUGGCACAGGUGUGCACGCUCCUGGAGAGAAACUAGGACCCUCUGGCUUUCUUGUUGUAGCCCACAAUCUGAUCAGGGCUCAUGCCAAAGCUUGGCAGACCUACAACAGACAUUUCCGUCCAACCCAGAAGGGAAAAGUCUCCAUAGUUCUGGGUUCCCACUGGGUCGAGCCUCAGAGAGGCCAAGCCACAGCUGCAAACGUAGCCCUUUGUCAGCAGUCCAUGGAGGCGGUCCUCGGCUGGUUUGCCAGUCCCAUCUUCGGUGAAGGAGACUACCCAGCCUCUCUAAGAAUAACGCACGGACCUCUCAUGCCUACAUUCACACCUGAGGAGAGGAUCUGGGUACAGAAAACAGCAGAUUUCUUUGCUUUGUCGUUUGGGCCAAACAACAUCCGUCUGGGCCCGAGCCUGGUACGCUAUGGGCAGACGGUAAUCCCGGACCUGCGGCGCCUCCUGCACUGGAUAAAACUAGAGUAUGGGAACCUGAGCGUGCUGGUGGCUGAGGGAGGCUGGUUCACUGAUGCCAGAGUGGGAACAGAAGACACGGUAGCCAUCUAUCUGAUGAAGAGUUUUAUCAAUCAAGUCUUGCAAGCCAUCAAGUUAGAUGGCGUGCAGGUGUUUGGCUACUCAGCCUGGUCACUGGUGGAUGGGUUUGAGUGGAAUAAUGGAUACAGCAUAAGACGAGGCCUUUUUCAUGUCGAUUUCAGCCAACUGAACAGGACCAGGACCCCUAAAACCACAGCUAAGUACUACAGGAAUAUUAUCACAGACAACGGUUUUCCUCCAGAUGAAACAGCUGUAGAGGUCAAAGGCCAUUUCCCCUGCAAGUUUCAUUGGGGCGUUGCAGACUCUACCUUACAGGUCAGCCUCUUCCCGUUCUCUCCACAGUUUACCGACCCUCACGUGUACAGCUGGAACCUGACAGGAGACGGCUCGCUGCGUCCAAUCCCAGGGGCGAAGCUUCACACCAGACCAGUGCAGUGCAGUGAUUAUUUGGCUAUCCGUAACCAUCUUCGCCUGUUUGCUUCCACUGGGGCAACUCAUUACCGCUUUGCUCUAAACUGGUCUCUGAUUUUACCUCAGGGAGACCGCUCGAGCGUAAGCACCGACACUCUGAGGUACUACCGCUGUGUCCUGACUGAGCUCCAGAAGCUGGGUCUAGAGGCCAUGGUUAUCAUGUACUACCCAACACACAGAGCUCCAAAUCUAGGUUUGCCCACACCUCUUCAUGCCUCUGGGGGCUGGCUUAAUGAAACCACCGUGGAAGCUUUUCAGGACUACGCAGCACUUUGCUACCGGGAGCUGGGUACCUGGGUCAGAUACUGGAUCACUAUUAACGAGCCAAACAGGCUAAUAGAUGUUUAUUCCAAUGCGGCUGAGAGGCAUCGAGCUGCUCAUCACCUCAUUCUGGCUCACGCAAAAGCCUGGAGGCUGCAUGAGUGGGAGUAUAAUGGUGAACAGAAAGCACUGAUAUCCCUUGCACUACAUGCAGACUGGGCCAAACCGGCCAACCCUUUUCUAGAAUCACACACAGCAGCAGCAGAACGAUUCCUUCUGUUUGAACUGGGUCGCUUCUUGGACCCACUGCUGGGGACCAGUUACGAGAAAAAACAGAGGACGGGGAAGUACCCUGAUGAAAUGAAGGUGUACCUGCAGGAGAGAGCUAGAAUGAUGGGACUACCUGGAUCGGCUCUCCCUAGCUUUACAGACGAAGAGAGCAAGGAGUUGAGAGGGGCAUUGAGUUUUAUCACCCUAAACCAUUUCACCACUCGUCUAGUUUCACCUCUUCCACUCACUCAGGGAACAUUUGAGAAUAGACCGGCGCCUGACCACGACUGUCUGAUACUCUCUGACCCCACCUGGCCUUCCUCUAACCUGGGGCAGGCUCUGGUUCCAUGGGGCCUUCGGAGAACGCUAACAUGGGUGAGCAUGAGGUAUGGAAGAAGUCUGCCUAUCAUUGUGACUGGAAGCGGGAUUGAUGAUCAAGCUCCAGUUGAAGAUAAACUCAGGCAGUACUACCUCAAGAGUUACCUGCAGGAGGCUCUCAAAGCUUACCAUCUUGACCGGGUCAACUUGCAGGGCUUCUACGUCUGGAAGCUCCAAGAUCGACAUGCCCCCCAGUUUGGCCUCUUCACCUCAACGCAACACCAAUCUAAAGCCAAGGCGUCAAUAAAAGUGUACAGAGAGAUCAUAGCUCACAGCGGCUUCCCUGACAACAGCACCAAACAACCGUGUGAAUUCAGUGAACAGCACCAGACUUGUUCCACGUGUGAAUGGAUGCAUCAGAACAAGGCAAUGCUGGUUUUUGGAGGCUGCAUCCUCAUGACAGCUGCUGUCCUGUCUGCACUUGUCAUCUUCUUUGUCGCUGAAGGAAGAAUUAAAAGUUGGAACCAAGGAAAAGGGAAGAACAGGCUAUAUCGGAGGAGACGGGUGAAAACGGCACCAGUGCAUUUCUGUCCACUUGUUCUUUACUAAAACAGCAAGAGACUGAUUCUGUAAACAUGUAGCAAAACAGUUUGUAGCUCCUACACUCGCCCCUCUAUCACUAGUGUCUGUAUUUAUUAUUAGUAUGACUAAGUUUCCUAAAAUUUAAGUGUAACCAUCAACUUAUUUAUGUGAUCACAUCUACAUUUUCAAGAACAUUGACUGGAAUAUAAACUUUAUGACAAAAUAACUGAUUUGCUCUCUAAUUUUACUGUUUUACACACCUGUGUGUUUACUGUAAAGAAGGGGGAAAGAAUUUCCUAACUGCUGAAAAAGAGAAAUUCAAAAUUUUCAGUACCCUUUAUUUUUUAGUCAUUACUUUUCGUAUUGUCGUUUUGUAUAUUACUACUGAAUAUCAGUUUUUGUGUUUUGACGUUAAAAUGAAGUUCAUAUCUAACUGCAGGUGGUGCCGUUUCUUAAUUUUAUGAGAAACUUUGUUUGCGUUGCUGUAAUUGGCCAACACUGUCCUCUAGUGACGAUGGACAACUGUAAUAAAACACAAAGAAAUCAGAUUUUUUGGAGAAUAUAAAAAAUGUAACUCUCCUGUUAUUUUUUAUUACUAAACAUUAGGAUAGCAGGACUGACUCCAAUACAGCCAAACACAUAAAUGCAUAUUAUAACCACGUUUUGUAUUACUGGAAAUUUACACGAAGGAAUUUCUGUAGAGAUGUAGAAUUUUCUUAGAAUUGUGUCUCAGAAAACUUUAAUCCAAAAUCCCUCCAUUUUUUAAUGUUAUAAAGUGUGUGUUACAGAUUUUUUAAAUUGGGCCUAUGAAAAGUGAGUUUGUAAUAAUAAUUUGUGCAAUGUAAAAAAAACUGUCCAAAAGAAUUUCUGUGACAGAAACAUUAAAGAAAAAAGAUAAUAAUAAAAGCAUUUAAAAACA